AUGACCAUGCCCAUACAAGAAGAGUCCGCAACCCUCUUCUCAAAUCAAUCUCAAACAAUCUUUGUUCUCGACACCCCUCAUUCAAUCGCCCAGGCGCAAACUCUGAGCUCCUAUCAACUACAAUCUUGCGCACCAUCGAGCGGGCCGCCAGAGCCCGCAGCAGGAGAAGAUAACAAGCAUGCACAAAAAAGGUUUCUUCUUUCAAAAACGCCACUCGGGGCCCCAUAUCCAUCGAAAACAGAGCCAAAAUCAGAUUCUGCUCGUGCGAAGGUUCUAGCUCGGAUCCCGGAGAGCGAGCGUGUCUUCCACGCAGCUAUUUCGCCUAUUGUGCAACAUGCUUUGGGGAUCAUUAGGGAACAGCUUGUACCCCUACGGGCCGAAAAGCACUGGUGUCUUCCCCGACACGUCGAAGAGGAUACUCCUAGUGUCUCUGUGAAUGCAGACUCUGGGACGUGUGAUUCGACUUCUGCCUCAACUUCGAAGAAAAGGCCGCGGGCGGACUCGGUGCACCAAUAUGACCUUGCGCAUUGGAACAAGCUUUGCGAUACCUCGUCAUUGGAUGAGUGUGUAUCAGGACUAGGAGCCCCAUUGAUCCUAUCAUCUACUUCUCCCAAUCUCUUUUCCUCGAUGUUGGAAUUAGACACCAUCGUGAAAAAUCCAUCAUGUGAGCCUGCGACUUUAUCAAUCUCGCCAAGGGAUGAGACAGGAGUCUCAGCCUCGACCGAAUACAUCAUUCCACCAAAGUCGAAUUUUAUCAUUGGCAAUCUUCCCUUAUCGACGCCGAUAGAGUGUGUACAACCGCUGGGAGUCAUUCCCGGCAUGCCGGAAGAUCAAAAAUUCAAUCUAUUACUCUUUGACCCGCCCUGGCCAAACAAAUCUGUUCGACGAAGCCGACAUUACCAAACGCAUCCUUACGCGGAGAUGGAUAUUCUUACGCAAAGACUGGCGGAUAUUCUCCACGCCCAUGCAUAUCAAGCGAUAUCGCCUCCAACCAUAACACAAGAACCCAGUCCGACCCAACUCCAAAAUCGAGACUCGAUCGCCGCAAUAUGGAUCACAAAUUCCGAAAAGGCAAGACGCGUAGCUUACAGCAUCCUUUCUACCUCCGGCUUCCAUGUCUCUGAAGAAUGGAUAUGGAUUAAAGUGACAGCUAGAGGGGAACCAAUCUGCCCAGUCGAUGCACUUUGGCGAAAGCCAUAUGAGAUCCUUGUCAUUGGACGCAGAGAUAAUAAUGUGACGAACCAAUCUUCCAUUUCCUCCUCCCACCCCUCCCCUGCAUCAAAUAAUAUAUUCGCGGACGGAGGGGCAUCCUUCGGAACGAACUCGGAACCCGAUUUCCAGACCUUGUCUCCGACUGGCAAAAAUAUUACAAGACGGGUAAUUGCAGCCGUGCCGGACAUUCAUUCGCGUAAACCGAACCUGCGAGAACUUUUUGAGCGAAUUUUCUUCCAGGGAAUGGUUUCUUCCCCGUCUUCUCAGGGUCAGGACUCGGCCCGUGUUUGGCCGUACACUGCGCUAGAGGUGUUUGCGCGUAAUUUGACGGCGGGAUGGUGGGCUUGUGGGAAUGAGGUGCUCAAGUUUAAUGACACGAAAUGUUGGGUUGAUGAAUAA